AUGAGCUACCACGACCCUCGCAAUGUUCUCGAUGGCGGAAAUGGAAAUGUGACGUCUUCCAUCAGCCCGUUGUCUGGUAAAUAUGUUCCCAACAGACUCAAAGCACUAUAUUACGGACCCGACGUGGUUAAGUCUCACUUGCUGUCCUGCCUACCAACCGAAACAUCGAAGGCCUUCAUUGUUACGGGAAACUCUCUUGCAAACAAAACGCCUCUCAUCAAAGGGCUCGAAUCACUUUUGUCCAAGCACCAUGCCGGAACCUAUAGUGGAAUCACAGAGCACUCCCCCCAGACCCAAGUCGAAGAAGUCGCCUCUCGAUUAAACGAGGACCCGUCCAUCGACACAAUAAUCAGUGUAGGCGGCGGCUCACCAAUGGACAGUGCCAAAAACAUUACCUACGUCGUCCACGAAGCAACAGGGAGAUGGUUAUCCCACAUCACAAUCCCGACAACAUUAUCAGCAGGCGAAUGUACCCCAGGGGCAGGCUUCACCCGCGCAGACGGCGUCAAAGGCGUUCUUGUUAACCCCGCACUCUAUCCCGACUAUAUCCUCUACGACCCCAAGUUCGGAGUAUACACACCUCCACGCCUAUUCCUCUCAACGGGGAUACGGGCUUUAGACCACGCAGUUGAAAGCCAAUACCACCAGUCGGUGACAUACAUCCCAUCCAGGAUCAUGGCGUUGAGUGCUAUAACCGAGCUCUUCCGACUACUUCCUGAAUACGAGGCUAAUCCCAAAGACGAAGAUACCAUCACGGCGCUGUUCCUAGCUGCGUAUGCUUCUCUUGGGUUCUUUGGUCAGAAUAUGGGUAGGGGACUGGGGCUUUCUCAUCGGCUGGGAUAUGCGUUGGGUUCGCCUUAUGGGAUUCCUCAUGGAAUCACCUCGUGUAUAACCCUGGGACAUGUGGUGAAGCUACAAGCGAGACAGGAUGAGAAGAGCGCGGGUGAGAUUGCGGCGAUUUUGCCGUAUAUUGGAGAAAAACGGUCUGGAAAUGAUGUGGAAGAUAGUGAUUUGGUAGGAAAUCGGAUUUUGGGACUGGUGCAGCAGAUUGGACUAAAGACUGAUCUGACUAUUAAGGGCGUUGGGAAAAAUCAGGUGGAUGUCAUUUGUGCUCGCGCAACGAGACUAGAGGUGGGAGAAAAAACCAUCGAGGAACCGAGGUUUUAUAACUCGGCUUCGGGUAUCAUAAGCUCUGCUGCGAAAAUAUCGGCUGAGGCUCUGAAGGAUUGGUAG